AUCAUAAAUAAUUUCUUUCUUCUUUUUGACUUCCUACCAAAACAUUUUUGCGGUCUUGUUUUUUUUAAAAAAAGCAUUUUAAACUUUACAAUAUGAAAAAAGCUAUUGUAUCAUCAAUUCCUAUCAGACAAGGGGUGCGUUAUUCGGAGGUUAAAACGAAGAAAUCGUUAACAAGACCCACAGCUAUUCCAAUUAGUCCUCUUAAAAGGAAAAUGUCAAAAAUACCCGUAACCACUCCAGUAAAAGCGUCAAACCUUACGAAAAAUAGAACUGUAAAAGGGGUAAAAAUUCCAACGCCAGUCUCUGCUAAAAGAAAAAAUGAAGAUGCUACGACUGGCCGAAACGUUAGAAAACGGCUAGUUGAUAAUCAUGAUGAUCAUAAUGUUGUUCUUAGUGAAUCUCGAUUAGAAAAUGCUGUUUUGAUUGCUGAUAAUACAUCACUCGAACUUGAAGAAGAACGACUUAAAAAAGAAUAUAAUGCAAAAUUCGCAGAAAUAUUUCAGUUAGAACAUGUUUUGGCAUGUGAACAAUCUGAUGCAGCACAAUUAUUUGAUUCACUUGAAAACAAACGUUCGGAAUACUUUUUGUUGGUUAAGGAAAAGGAUGAUUUGAUAAAAAGCCAAGCAAUGUUUGAAGAAUUAAAUAGCGAUGCAGAGAAAAAGCUCGAUGAAUUAGACAAACUCUUGUUUACUUGUGACGCGCAACUUAAAGACAUCACAAAAUUAUUUGAAGAGAAAGUCCAGGCCAAUGCAGUUCUUAGAUUAACUGUGGAUGAAUUGAAAAAAAAGAAAAAAAAUCGACGCUAUAAAAAAUGAAAAAUUCAAAAGUUUUGGUCCUAUACUCUAAUAAUACUUUGUUUUCGAUCAAUAUAUAGAGUUAAUAGACCUUUUAAGCGAAAUAAUUAGUUUAAAUCACUUCAGGAAUUAGUAUAACUUAUUAUAUUAUUAUCCCUUUUUCCCAAUUUCUCUUAUAAAUAAAGUGCAUUUAUAAAUCUUUUAAUGAUUUCUUUGUUAUUGUUUGUAAUCUAUCUUUUCAUAUG